UAGUAUUGUUUGGUUAAUGUUCCGUUGUUGUGUUUCGUGUUGAAUUUGACAAAUUGAAAAUAGAUUAGUAAUCAGAGAUGAGAGAUUUUAUAUUAUGUUAAAAUAUAAUAUUUCUUCUUAAUAUUAUUUGGAUUUAUAAUAAGUACUCAUUAUAUUAGACUGCCUUGUGCCUACUCUGUUAUUCAUUUCAUUGUUUAUUUAUAUAAAUAUUCAUUAAAAAUGUCUAGAAAAAAGGGUAAUUUGUCUCAGUAUGGCCUAAUAGAUAUUCCAGAUCUAGACAAUGAUGAGCUGAUGAAUAUGUCUGAUGAUGAUGUUGACUUAGAGGCAGAACUAGCUGCUAUUACAGGCGGAGCCAAAAAGAACAAACCAAGAAAACCAGAGGUCUUACCUCCUGCAGAUCUAGAUGCUAUGAUUGCUGCUAGCUUAAAAGAUGUUCCAUCAGAUGAUGAAGGCUCUGGUGAUGAUGAUGACCCCGACUUGUUGAGUGAAUUACAUGGGUUAGCUGGUGAUGAACCUCCACCACCUAAUGCUCGCAGACAAGCACCUCCUCCACCAGGAAGCAUCAGCAAUGAUAGUAGCACUAUUAGCCUUCUUCAAGACAGAAUAACGAAUUAUACAGCGGCAGAAAAAAGUGCUAAAGAUGCAGGAGAAAGUAAUCGUGCAAGAAGAUUCGGUCGUGGACUUAAAACCCUGAGCGACCUUCUUAAACAAGCAAAAGCUGGCAAGCCUAUAAACGAGCAAGACAUACCUCCUCCAGUUAGCAUCGCAAAGCCACCAUCAGAGCCUCAGCAACCUGAAGCACCAGCACAACCUCCCACUCCUGAUCCACCGGUGCGAAGAGCAGCCCCAAUGCCACCACCACGAACAGAAUCAUUGAAGUCAGUACAGGAGCGCCCCCCAACACCCCCUGAGCCUCAGGAGCCACCUCCCCAUUUGUCCACAGAACCAACUAUGGACCCAGCUAAACAGGAAGGCCUGCAGUUCAUAUUGAAACGCAAAGAAGAGUUCAAAGCGGCUGCUCUAGCAUGCAAGCAUGCUGGGGACAAACAACUUGCACUGGAACAUCUGAAAGUGGUAAAGCAGUUCGACAUAGUGGUCGAAGCGUACAAGUCGGGCCAGGAGAUGGAUCUAAACGAGUUGCCCUCCCCCGAGGCCGUUGCUGCGGCUUUCAAGGCCUCAACACAUGAGAAGAGUGAAGAAGAAGCAGCCCCAGUGGCUGCACCAGAGCAACCAGGUUUGAUAACUGCCUCGACUGUUGAUGAAGCUCUGAAACAACGACUGGCCGCUUUUCAGGAGCAAGAGGCUAAAGCGAAGUCGGACGGCAACGCUAUGAAGGCGCGUCGGAUGGGCCGCAUUGUGAAGCAGUACCAGGACGCUAUCAGACAGCACGCGGCGGGGAAACCUCUGCCCCUUGACGAACUGCCAACGCCCAAUGGAUACGCGCCCAUACCUGCCGAGGGGUCUCAUCGAUCUCCGGCUCGUCCCAGCGCCGCACAGGAGCCAGCCCGUCCUAGCCCGGCGCCGGCCGCGCCUCGUGUCCAGACCAAACUGACCCGCAACGACAAACAGCUGCUCCUGUUGAUGCACAGGCAGAAGGAGUUCAAAGAGGCCGCUAUUAAAGCGAAGAAGAGUGGUAAUAUACAACUAGCAAAAGACUAUCUUCGAUCGGCCAAGGGAUUCGAUUCCUUAAUAGAAGCAACUAAAGGCGGUCUUCCAGUGGACCUUAACUCAAUACCCCUUCCUCCAACCGCUAAGAAGAAAAUAGAAGACACUUUCGAUAUUGUAUCAGCGGAGGAGUGCGGACCUCCAGACGACAGCAGUAUCACGGCGGGCGAUGAUGACGUCAUGUCGCGACUCCACGGCCAGCUGUCGAGCCAGCUCAAGCUGUGCUUCGACAACCGGGACCAUUGCCGCGCCGCCGGAAACAUCGCCGAAAGCAACCGCUUCGAGCAUCUCGCUGUGUCCGUCAAACAGGAUCUGGAUGUGGUCGCACUGGCCAUGAGCGUUGGCGAUGAUCCACCGAAAUUCCGCUACGAAAACCGAACGUUUUCUAUAGUGCAAUGCAAUACGGACCUUAACGAGAACGAGUUAGAGUUGACAAUAGUGCGUGGCAUCGCGUACAACGUGCCCAACCCGCGGGAGAUAGACACUUAUGUUAAGUUCGAAUUCCCCUACCCUCAGGAGGCGCCCGUGAGUGACCGCACGGCCACCGUGAAGGACACCAACAGCCCGCAGUACGACGCGGUGUUCCCUCUCGCCAUCCAACGGACGCGGCCCUGCCAGCGCGUGUUCAAGCGACACGCGAUCAAGUUUACCGUCUACUCCAAAGGGUGUUGUAAGGGGUUAUUGUGUUGCAGCGGCUGGUUCAGCCGGGACACGGCCCUCGGCACGGUCUCCGUCAAGUUGGCGCCACUCGAGAACCAGGUCACACUGCACGAAUCUUUCCCGCUUAUGGACGGGCGCCGACCCGCAGGUGGUUCGCUGGAGGUGAAGUUGCGAGUUCGCCGCCCGCUGACCCAGCCAGAGGUGGUCACCCAGACACAUCGCUGGCUCAUCGUCACGCCGUGAUUGCGAUGUGUGCUCGCUGGACCGCACGAGACCACUUCUUCACGUCAUCACUAUCAUCAGCCGGAAGACGUCCACUGCUGGACAAAGGCCUCCCCCCAAAGAUUUCCACGGCGAUCAGUCCUGCGCUGCCUUCAUCAAACGUAUUCCGGCGAUAUUGAAUAACCCUCUUACGCUGCACAAAUUUCUAGAAAACAAAUAUAAAAAAUAUAAAAAUAAUAAUAAUAUUUCUAUUAUUCCUUUAUCUGAUUUAAUAUAAAAGUACUAGCUCACCCGACGGACGUUAUCUGUACAUAAUAAUUAAAAAAAUGUUGUUAAUGAAUUUGUCAAUAAUAUUUCAUAACGUAAAGAAUUAUUUCGUAAAAUAUGCUCUCUGUUGUUAUAAUGAAAUUGUUUCACAGCAGAACUGUCAAACCGUGCGUCAAUAAAUUCUCUCAGAAAAUAUGUCCAUAGAAAACAAAUAUUGGAAAUAAAUUUAAUUAUGGGUCCCACAUUGAAAUAAAAACUACUUAUCCUAUCUCUCAAGUUGGAAUAAAUUGCACUCCAUGAAGUAAUCCCCAUUAAAAUCCGUUCAUUAGUUUAGGAGUUCACUGGAAACAAACAUCAGGACACUGGAUUUAAGUAUAUAUAUUAAGAAGAUGUUCAAGCUGUAAUAAUUUAACGCUCUUGUGAGUCCUCUGGUGUUGCAAGAGAGUGUGGGCGGCGGUGAUCACUUAACAACAGAUGACCCGUACGCUCGUUUGUCCUCCUAUUCCAUAAAAAAAAAAAUAUUUUGUUAAAUUGAUUUAAGUUUUUAUCCACCCUUGAGCUUAGAUAUACUCCGUUUCAACCCUUAUGUUUUAAUUGGUUUAUAGUAAAUAGUUGCCGUCCAUAUUAAAAUUCUAACUCAAAUAAAAUAGUUGAGUGCAUAAUUUUACAUAGAAGUUGUAAAUGUAUAGUGAUUUAUUAAUGUAUAACUAAGUCUUCUAGUAGUGGGUUUACUAAAGCUAUACAUUCAGUUCUUCAUGUGGGUAUUUCUAAAUUUUAUGUAAAUAUUUUUUAUAAAAUCUUGUAAAUAAUAUUUAGUUACACAUGCAAAAGGUUGAACCCAUAGGGGGUGUUUUUUGUAUUACAUUGUGUUGUAAAGGAAUAUUGGAAGGUUAUAUUAUUAUUACUUUUGAAAAUAUUGGGCGUUAGAUUGAGAUAUAUUUAACAUUUAUAAGUAUGAAGAUAUCACGGAAAUCAUUAACUCCUGUUCCCAAUAUUCAGUCUAUCUCCGGUUGUGGCCUACUUGAGAUAAAAAUCGUAACUAUCGUUGACUUUUCUGUCCCAAUAAACUUAUCGACGGUAACUCACCUUAUCCGUACACGCUGUCUGUCAAUGGGAGGAGGGUUAGCUUACCAGCGACAGAAGUUUGUAUGGAAAUUGCAAUUCACGCGUCCCAAUAUAAGGCGAUAAGAAUGAAUUAUCGGGUAUAUGCGACAGCUUCAGAUUAUUGACAGCUAAUUACUGACAGUGGAAGGUAGUAUUGUAUCUAUCUGUAGAUAGCAUAUUGGGAACGGCCGUAAAUAUAUCGCUAAGCUUUCAUCAGAUGAGAAGUAACUUCGAACUCAAAGCAGUGACCACAAAAAUUUAAAAGAUGAUAGGUGUUAUGGGGGGCUUGAUAGAUGAGGAGUGGAUACAUAAAAUCAAUAUAAAUUGUAUUUUGUUUAGAAAUUUUUACUUAUUCAACUUAGUUGUGCAAAUACAUAAUGAUGUGCUCACCAUAGAUCGACUAAACUAAUAAACUGGAAAUGAAAAUUUAUUGAAGUAGGUGUUACUUUGCGGAAAUCCAUAAUUAUACAAAUGAUUUAAGUUUUCUUUAGUGUUAAUUCCGCCAAUAUGUGGUGUCGCCAAAAUCUGGCACGAGACUGGCACACGUCCUGAGGAUGCCUCGUGUAGAGGCGAAACACGUGUCGAAUUGUUUAAAAACAAAUAUUGGCAGAAUUAACACUAAAGAAAACUUAAAUCAUUUGUAUAAACUGGAAAUGAGUGUAUAAAAGGUUUGAACCUGCCGCUCCUCGGAGAGUUAUUAAAUAUGGCGGGCUUGUCGAGAUAAUUAUAAAAUAUUAAUUAUAUUAUAGAAAUUUUAUUUUUCUUACGCAUCACUUCACAAGCUAUAUAUUUAUAAGGUCGUGUUACAUCCAAUAAAACUAAAGCAAAAAUACAUAUUUGUUUCACUAAUCAUUCUCUGUGUUAUUAAUAAACGCGAAGAAAAGUUAUUCCAAAUUUAAAACUUAUUGUCUUUAUCUUACCUUUGUCUUUGAGAAGUAAUUUUAAACUUGGAGUAACUUUACAUUGCGUUUAUUAAUAUAUAAGAUAAUCUGAGUUGGAAACACAAAAAGUAUGGUAUAAAAAAUAUGUAUAGAAUAUAAAAACUAUGGUAGCCAGUAGGUAGUAUGAAUGAUUUCUCAAAUGUGAUAAUGAAUAAUUUAGAAUAACUAUGUAAAUGUAAUGUAAAUUGUGUAACAACAUAUCCAAAUGCUUGAUUAGAAAAUUAAUUGAAAUAUAAAAUUAUUACAUCCUCCUUUAUAAUAAUGAUCUUCUGUUUCAAGGUAUUUUCAAACAAUCAAAGACAGACAUUUUUAGUAUUGAUGCUUAAACAAUAUUGUCUCAAUCAAUAAAAUUCAGGCAUUUGGAUACAAUAAUAACAUUUAAACAAUGCUUUAUUUUAUGGUUAUAUUAAUAUAAUUACCUUAUUGUAUAUUAUAAAUAUCAUGUUAUUAAAUUACGAUAAUUUGUUAA